AUGCUGCAAGUUCUCAAAUAUUUUGUAUUUUUUGUACUUAUCAUUAACAACUCGGUUAGUGCGUAUCCAAAAGAUAGCGGCGAUGAAUCUCAAGAAAUCGGCAAACCAGCUGUUUAUGACAACUAUCGACUACCAACGUCAGUCACUCCUGAAAACUAUAAAGUUGAGAUUUUUACGCAUCUGAAUGAUUCCGAAGGAUUUACUUUUCGUGGAAUCGUCGAAAUCACUCUAAAUGUAAAUGAGUUUUGUGAUAACAUUACACUGCACGCGAAGAACUUAACAAUUGACACGAAGAAAAUUGUAUUGACUGAGAUCUCGGAAAAUGAGGCUUUGAAAAUAAGAAAUGUUGAAUUAAUGCCAAAGCAUGAUUUCCUGAUUAUUUAUCCACAAAAGAUUCUCUCAAAGUUUAGGAAAUAUAUUGUGAAAAUUCCAUUUGAAGGCUCUCUAGACACGGAUUUAGUUGGAUAUUACAGAAGCUCUUAUUAUGAUAAGGAAUUCAAGAAACGAGUAUGGCUAUCAGUUACACAAUUUGAGGCAACGCACGCACGUGAAGCUUUUCCGUGUUUUGACGAGCCUGAAAUGAAAGCAACAUUUGAUAUUUCACUCGCACAUCAUAAAAUGUAUAGUGCCUUGAGUAACAUGCCGCUGAAGGAGACAAAGGCUGUAGAUAGCAUUCAAGACUUUGUAAUGGAUACAUUUGAGACAUCUGUUAAAAUGAGUACAUAUUUGGUCGCGUACUGUGUUUCGGACUUUGAGUAUAAGGAAGUCAGCAUGAAGGACGAUGUCACGUUUAGAAUUUAUGCAAGACGAGAGGCUAUGAAUCAAGUAGAUUAUGCUGCUGAUGUCGGUCCAAAAGUCUUGAAAUUCUAUGAAGAUUACUUCCAAAUUAAAUUUCCACUUCCCAAAAUUGACAUGAUUGCUGUGCCUGACUUUUCAGCUGGUGCUAUGGAAAAUUGGGGAUUAAUUACUUACCGUGAAACUGCUCUUUUGUAUCAAGCUAAUGCAUCGACAUUAUCAGCUAAACAUCGUGUUGCAGAAGUCAUUGCUCAUGAACUUGCGCAUCAAUGGUUUGGUAAUUUAGUUACUAUGCGUUGGUGGACAGACUUGUGGCUUAAUGAAGGCUUUGCUACUUAUGUUGCUAGUCUUGGUGUGGCACAUUUACAUCCUGAAUGGAAGUCAUUUGAUGAAGAAUCUGUAGAUAAUACAUUAGACAUCUUUAAGGUUGAUGCAUUAAAGUCAAGUCAUCCAGUUUCAGUCACAAUUGGACAUCCUAAUCAAAUCUCACAAAUUUUCGAUGCUAUAAGUUAUUCAAAAGGUUCCGUCGUCAUUCGAAUGUGCCAUAAAUUUUUGGGCGAAAAAGGCUUCCGUUUUGGCGUAUCAAAUUACCUUAAAAAGCACCAAUAUGCAAAUACCUUACAAGAUGAUUUAUGGGACUCGUUAACAGAAAGUUCGCAUGAGGAACAGUCACUUUCAAGAUCACUUUCCGUUAAAGACAUUAUGGAUUCAUGGACUCUACAAGUUGGCUAUCCAGUCAUUGAAGUUGUACGUGAUUAUGAUACUAAUUCAGCGACUCUAACUCAAUCACGAUAUGUUUCCGAUCGAUAUACACCGAGAAGUGAAUUAAACUCAUGCUGGUGGAUUCCAUUGACUUAUACUGACAGUUAUAGGAAGAAUUUUACGAGUGCUGCUGCACAAGAUUGGAUGACGUGUAACAAAGAUAAGGAGGGAAUCGAAAAGAAAAUUGACAACCUCCCUGAUGAGAAUAAUUGGGUAAUUUUCAAUAUUCAACUUGCUGGUCUUUACAAAGUCAAAUAUGAUGAACAAAACUACAAAUUACUCGUUGAGACAUUAAAUAGCGAGGAUUACAAUAUAAUUAAUGUUAUCAAUAGAGCUCAAUUAAUUGAUGAUGCUAUGGAUUUAGCGUGGGUCGGUCGUCAAGAUUAUGGAAUCGCGCUGGAUAUGAUUAACUAUUUGAAAAGAGAAAGUGAAUAUAUUCCAUGGAAGGCUGCAUUAGAUAAUCUCAGGAUUGUCAAUAGACUCUUAUUGAGAUCUCCACUUUAUGGAGUCUUUAAGGCAUACAUGCGUCACAUUCUUAAGCCAAUUUAUGCAAAACUUGGUGGAAUCAGCACUGUUCCAGAUUCGUCUGAACUUCAUAUUGUUAAACAUCAAGCUAUGAUUUGUGGAUGGUCUUGUAAAUUAGAUGUCGGAGAUUGUAUAAAACGAUCUGUUGAGUAUUUCAAUACAUGGAUGGUGGAAACUGAACCCGAUCACAUUAAUCCAAUUCCAUUGAAUUUGAGACCAUGUAUCUAUUGUACAGCUGUUCGUAAUGGUAACGAGAAGCAAUGGAAGUUCUUGUGGCAACGUUAUGUUAAUAGUAAUGUUGGUGCUGAAAAGUCUAUGAUUAUAUCAGCACUCUCAUGCGCUAAAGAACAAUGGAUAUUAAGCCGUUACUUGGAAUGGUCGUUGAAUUCAACAUUGGUACGCAAGCAGGAUGCAAGCAUUGUUUUUGGUGGAGUUGCUCGUGAUGAGGUCGGAUUCCAUUUGGCUAGAAACUUCUUCUUUGAACGCAUUGAUGACAUUUACUCGACUUUGUUUCCAGACACAUCGCGUCUCACACGCUACAUAAAGCCAUUAGCCGAACAAAUGUCAACACAGAAAGAAUUGACUGAUCUUAAAGAUUUGGUAGCAAAGAAGGCAAAAGAAUUUGAAAAAUCAACACAAGGCGUUAAGCAAGCAUUAGAAGUCGUCGAAUUGAAUAAUCAAUGGAAAUUGAACAAUUACUUCUCGUUAGCAAGAAAUCUUAAUCGAAUGAUUGAUCCUGAAUCGGACAUGAUUACAGAAGAAUCCCUCAGUGACGAAUUAACGACUACUGAAAGUAUUUUAGUUUGA